AUGGACGUGGACGGUGCAGGAAAUUGGAGUACCAUUGAAUCUGAUCCCGGGGUAUUCUCGGAACUCAUCGAGCAGUUUGGAGUCCACGGACUGGAAUUUGAAGAAAUAUGGGAUCUAGAUACGCUAGCCCGUGAAGCGCCCUACGGCCUGAUUUUCUUAUUCAAGUACACACCGUCUGAACCUGCUGGCGUCGUGCAGCCUGAAGCUCCGGGCGUCUUCUUUGCCAAACAAGUUAUCAACAAUGCCUGCGCCACACAAGCAAUAAUCUCAAUCCUCCUAAACCGUAACGACGUGGAUCCCGGCCCGUUGCUCACCGAAUUCAAAUCAUUUGCCAUGGAAUUCCCAUCGGACAUGCGUGGCCUCGCACUCUCAAACUCGGACAACAUUCGGACCAUCCAUAACUCGUUUGCCAAAUCUGACCCCUUCGUGUCUGAUAAUGCUAAAGACGACGAUGAUGACAAGGAGGAUGCGUUUCAUUAUGUUUCGUAUUUGCCUAUUAAUGGGGCGCUGUAUGAGCUUGAUGGGUUGAGAGAGGGUCCUAUCAACCACGGGCAAUGUAAAGAAGACGACUGGGUGAAAACUGUUAGGCCGGUAGUCGAAGCAAGAAUGGCGCAAUAUGCUGGAUCAGAGAUUCGGUUCAACAUGAUUGCUUUGGUAAAAAGCAAACUCGAAGUAUGCAAGCAACGUGUUGUUCAACUCAAGGCCGAAAUCGCUGCGUCUGGUGGUCCAAGGCAAGGAAUGCUACAGUCUGAGCUGGAGUCUGUUAAAGAGCAAAUGGUGUUUGAGGAGGAGAAGUGGACUAGAUGGAGGAAUGAGAAUAUGAGGCGCAAACACAACUGGAUCGGUUUCGCUAUAGAAGUAUUGAAACAAAUGGCGACCAAAGGCAAGCUGAAUGAAGGCAUAACAAAGGGAAAAGACCUUGCCAAGAAGAGAGACGAAUUAGUCAAGGCUCAAAAUAAAACGGACGCUGCUUCCAAACAGUAA